AUGUCGUCGCGCAAGCUGGAGCCACGCGUCAUGCUCAUUCUGUGCCUUAUCUCCACGGCGGCGUGCAACACUUCCAUGUCCACCGAGGAGCCUUCUGACACGGGCGCCAAGUCGGACGGCUACUGCAGCCGCAUCCUGCGGGCUCAGAGCGCCCGGAGGGACGGCAACAGUGAGUUCAGGCUGCGCGUGGAAGGAGACCCCGAGAGCUACCAGCCAGGGAGCACCUACAGAGUGACUCUUUUUGCGACCAACCCCUCUUACUUCAGAGGCUUUACCCUCAUUGCCUUGAAAGAGGGUGCAGAAGGCGACAAGGAGGAGGACUAUAUUGGAAAUUACCAGAUAAUUGAUGAGGAGGAAACCCAGUUUAUGAUAAACUGCCCACCUGCAGUGACUGAGGGGACCCCUCGUCGACGGACCAGCAUCCAGGUUUUCUGGACCGCGCCCCCUAGCGGCUCUGGUUGUGUUUUCCUCAAGGCAAGCAUUGUGCAGAAGAAGAUCAUCUAUUUCCAGGAUGAAGGCCCUCUCACUAAGAAAAUGUGUGAGAAAGAAUCUCUGUAUGGUGAUGCCACAAAUCAACCCCUGCUUGACUGCUGUGCCUGUGGAACAGCAAAGUACAGAGUCACCUUCUAUGGGAACUGGUCAGAGAAGAUUCACCCUAAAGACUACCCACGUCGUGCCAAUCACUGGUCAGCCAUAAUUGGCGCAUCCCACUCAAGGAACUACAUGCUGUGGGAAUACGGAGGAUUGGCCAGUGAUGGGGUCAGACAAGUAGCUGAGCUAGGAUCACCAGUUAAAAUGGAGGAGGAGAUCAGACAAAAGGGUGAUGACGUCCUGACCGUCAUCAAGAUGAAAGCACAGUGGCCGGCUUGGCAGCCACUUAAUGUGCGAGCUGCACCAUCCGCGGAAUUCUCGGUUGACCGUGCCCGUCACCUUAUGUCCUUUCUGACCAUGCUGGGGCCAAGUCCUGACUGGAAUGUGGGUCUGUCUGCAGAGGAUUUGUGCACCAAAGAAUGUGGCUGGGUCCAAAAAGUAGUCCAAGAUCUCAUCCCCUGGGAUGCAGGCACUGAUAGCGGGGUGUCAUAUGAGUCACCUAACAAACCGACAGUGCCCGAAGAUAAAAUCCGUCCUCUGACCAGUUUGGACCAUCCUCAAAGCCCUUUCUAUGACCCUGAAGGAGGAGCUAUCAGUCCUGUGGCCAGGAUUGUAGUGGAACGUAUUGCCAGAAAGGGAGAGCAGUGCAACAUUGUACCAGACAAUGUGGAUGACAUUGUGGCAGAUAUUGCCCAGGAGGAGAAAGAAGAAGAUGACACCCCCGAGACAUGUAUCUACUCCAACUGGUCUCCAUGGUCGGCUUGCAGCUCGGCAACAUGUGAAAAGGGGAAGCGGAUGAGGCAGAGGAUGCUCAAGGCCCAGCUGGAUCUGAGUGUUCCCUGUCCGCACACCCAGGAUUUCGAGCCUUGCAUGGGGCCGGGAUGCAGCGACGAAGACGCAUCCACCUGUAUGAUGUCAGAGUGGAUCACUUGGUCUCCAUGCAGUGUGUCAUGUGGGCAAGGUACACGUUCCCGGGAACGUUAUGUUAAGCAAUUCCCAGAUGACGGCUCAGUCUGCACUCUACCCACGGAGGAGACCGAAGACUGUGUCGUCAACGAGGAAUGCUUUCCCAGCAGCUGUCUAGUAACUGAGUGGGGGGAAUGGGAUGCCUGCAGUGCCACUUGCGGUCAGGGCAUAAAAAGAAGGGAGCGUAUGGUGAAGAUGCCUCCUGCAGAUGGGUCCAUUUGUGGAGCUGAAGUUGUGGAAGUCGAGAAGUGCAUGAUGCCAGAAUGUCAUACAAUCCCAUGCAUGCUGACUAUGUGGUCGGAUUGGAGUGACUGCAGCGUCUCAUGUGGCAAGGGUCUAAGAACACGGCAACGGAUGCUCAAGUCGCCUGUUGAGCUAGGAGACUGCACAGAAGAGUUGGACCAGGUGGAGAAGUGCAUGCUACCGGAAUGUCCCAUAGACUGUGUCAUGUCCGAGUGGAGCGAGUGGUCUGAGUGUAAUAAGUCCUGCGGUAAAGGUCACACGAUCAGGACACGCACAGUCAAGUUGGAGCCUCAGUUUGGUGGAGACCACUGUCCUGAAAGUAUCCAGAGGAAGAAGUGUAAGGUCAGGAAGUGCACCAGAUCAGGACAGGGAAACGGUGAAGAGAAUAAACGACGCAAGGAGUCGCGAGAAAAAAAGAGGAGCAAACAGACCAGGACUGCGUUUGCCUAUGAGCAUCCAGGAUGUAAAAUGAGGCCAUGGUCAAGCUGGACUGAAUGUACCAAAGUGUGCGGCGGAGGUAUUCAAGAACGGCUAAUGACUGUGAAGCAAAAGUUCAAGACUGCACAAUUGUCCAGCUGCAAGGACAGGAAGGAGAUUCGAGCAUGUAACGUGCACCCUUGUUAA